AUGACCAAGGAUUCUAGGAUUAGAGCGCAAGGAAGAAGGGAUGGAGGACGAGAACAAAAACGUCGCCUUAUGCUUGCAUCAAUCCCGCAGACCGCAUAUCAGCAGAUUGUGCCAGGGUCAAGCGACUGUAGGGCCGCAUCCGCAGCAGUAAUACGCUUCGAGGACAAGCUGGACAAGCCAUCGCCCUCCACGAAGCCACGAUGA